CAGUAGUGCAGAAAACAGACCUGGGUUCUUUGGGGUCUGCCUCAGAAACGAGAUGACGAAGGAGACGUCAUUGUUUGGAAAGCAUUGCAAUAAGAGCUACUGUGGCUCGAAGGCCUGCCACCUUCAGAAGUCCACCUGUGCCAAAUGUGGCUAUCCUGCCAAGCACAAGAGAAAAUAUAACUGCGGUGCCAAGGCUAAAAGAAGAAACACCCCUGGGACCGGUCGAAUGAGGCACUUAAAAAUUGUAUACCGCAGAUUAAGACAUGGAUUCCAUGAAGGAGCAAUACCUAAGCCCGAGAGGGUAGCUGUUGCAGCAUCCAGUUCAUCUUAA